UAAAAAUCAUUUUCUGCACCGGGCCAAUACAGUUGCAUUCCAGAGAACGACCUUGACAAAGUUGCACCACAGUUGUGAGAGACAACAGCUGGCUUGACGCUCGCCUUCGGUGAAAUCUUGUUUAUCCGGGAUUAUGGAACAGGACCAACCAGAGAACAACAUUCCUGACGAAUGGUGGAACUACAUAUGGUCACCCCGGUUCCUCCAGAUGAAGAAUAGUAGUGAUCCUCUAGUUAAGAAAUAUGCUUAUCGGGUAGCCAGAAGUGAUGGAAUGCAACAAACACUCCUAGGAAUGGCAUGUACGGUUUUGCUUGAAAAGACACCCUUAAAUGUAUUGGAAGACCUUCUAAAGGGUUAUCCAGAAGACUUUGGUGAGAACCUAGGAAGUGUCCUGCUUGAGACAUUCAGGGUUGUGUUAGACUUUUGGAGAGGAUCUGAUAUACCGGCAGGCAUUGACUAUGAUGAGAUGUGCGAGUAUGACAUGAUGGCAGUCUUCGAACACAUCCUGAACCAAGUUCCAAUAUAUUUCCAAAAUGGUGGAAACUCUGUCACUAAUGAGGAAUUCUUACAGGAAUUAUGGAUUUUGGGAACAGAUGUGGUUGUGCUUGCCGAAACAAGAGUUGAGGCCCUUGGGCUGGCAGAACAGUAUUUAACUUUUGAUAAGAGGGUGAAGGAAGUCUUGGAGACCUUGCGUUGUGGAGAGGAAGUGGCUUCUCCCGAAUAAACCUAUAUAAAAGACGAACAAGAAAUACAGUUGUAGUGAAAUGUCAGCAGAAAAGUAUAUGUAAUUUCUUUCAUUGUACACACACACACACACACACACACACACACACACACACACACACACACACACACACACACACACACACACACACACACACACACACA